UCAAUUUGUGCUGCAUGCGUUGACGUUCUUCUUCAAUACAUUUUGGUCGGCCAUAUUUCCUUGCUGUCGUGCGUGGUGCGUGUGUCUAUUAUUGAAUCACUUCUCAACACCUUGGUUGCCGCUGCACCAGUUAUCAUUUAUCCUCACAGUUUUGAGAAGAAUAGAGAAAUGGGUGACCGUAAUAAUCCCAUUAAGUUUGGUCCCGAGUGGCUCCGUAAUCUUGCACGCGAGCGUAGUGCUGGUGGUAGAUCGAACACAACCCCCAACGCGUCCAGAACCGGAAACUCAACGGCCAGACCAACGGGAUCCCAGGGUCCGGGGUCAGGCUCUAAUACAUCAGGACCCGGAGCACCGGGGGGCACAGGUUCGCCUGGCCCCGCGACGUCCGUCAGUCCCCCAACCGUUGGCUCGACAGCAUCAGGCGGAAGCUCGACACCAAUACCCGGUACUUCGUCUGGAACAAACACAAGAAACACAAAUAACAACCCAGUGCCAAAAGUUCAGCUCGCAAAAUUGAGGUACGGCAGAGAGGAAAUGCUCGCGCUGUACGAUAGAAGCGUCGAGGCACCAGAGGAGUUGAGAGGUUUCGAAUUGAUAUACCAGCCGCGAGGAAAACUGCCCGUCGCGCUUAACACGUUUGAGGAGGAAAUGGUGGCGCUGCUAUCGAUAUGUAAGCUACAGGACGUCUGCCGGGUCAGCUAGUACUAAUAUAUAUAUAUAUAUAUAUAUAUU